CUUCCUCUGGCUUCAUCUACUCCCAAAACUGUCGCUCUGCAGCCGCCGUCUUCUGUGCGUGAUGACGUCAGACACCCGUGGACUGGCGGUCUGCCAUCUUUGAUUGUGAGACAGGCCGCGGCGCAAGCAGCACUCAACGAGAGCAGCACUGUCUCACACGAGAUAACGGGUGGGCAAAAAAAAACGGAAACACAAGUCGUGAUCCCCUUAACGUCCAAACAACGGUGGAAACACAGGGAAAGAAGAAAGGGCACCGUGUUGGCACAUAAUAGAUUUGAGGCCCGUGCAAGUCGAGGAGAAAUGGUUGGAUGCUAGCUACUGUACCACGCUAGUUACCUAACUAGCUACCGUUAGCAAGCUAGCCAGUUUUUGUAAUCCGCCGGCCACACACUCGGCUUGGAUACUACAAAACAAGCCGAACCCAGACGACAUACUAGAAGAAGAGAGACCGGCGGUGACAGGAGGCUGGUUCUGGGGGUGAGACCAGAGGACCAGACUCAAUGAGUUUCCAGCGAAAUGUCAGAGAAGUCAGGGCAGAGCACCAAGGCAAAGGAUGGCAAGACCAAGUAUGCAACCCUUAGCCUCUUCAACACGUACAAGGGCAAGUCUCUGGAGACCCAGAAAACUGCAGUGGCUGCCAGACAUGGGCUCCAGAGUUUGGGUAAGGUUGCUGUCAGUCGGCGCAUGCCCCCCCCUGCCAACCUGCCCAGCCUGAAGGCAGAGAACAAGGGCAACGACCCCAACGUUAACAUUGUCCCCAAGGACGGCAGCGGCUGGGCCUCCAGACCUGAGGGAGGAGACGAGAGGCAGUCCGAUACCCCCCCACCCCAGCCUAACCCAGGGCCCCCCCAACCCCCAGAGGUCUCGUCCUCUAUAGGGUGCAGCAGAUCCUGGGCCAACAGCAAGCUGCCACCACCACAGCUAGAUGGAGGAGCCCCUCGUGUGAGCAGCCAGUUCCACCAGGAGUUCCCCAGUUUGCAGGCGGCCGGAGAGCCGGAGAAAGGGGAGGGGCAGGAAGAAGAGCUUUAUGGACCUGGACCCAGCCUCCGACCUCAGAAUGUUGGUAGUUGGCGCGAGGGCGGUGGAAAGAAUCUGACCACCUCAGCUAGCCCUUCUGAGAUGGACAGCUGUGGGCCAGAGGAUGGAGGGGCAGCGCUCAGCACCCCCUCACCCCCUGGGGAGGUGGAGGAGAGGGGCAGGGUGCCCCCUAUUGAGAAGAAAGAGGAGAGGGAGAGGCUGCCCCUGUCUGCCAAGCCUGCACCCCUCUCCUCUCAGCCCAAGCUACAACCCCCCUCUGCUCUAGCCCAGCCUAAACUCAAUGGGGGCCAGCAGGCCCAUGCCGGUGUGCCUCCCCAGUUCCACCCCCAGUUCAGGGGCAUGAUGCCACCCUACAUGUUCAAUGCGUAUCCCAGGAUGCCCUUUGCUCCAGUGCCAGGGAACAUCAGAUACCCUGUUCCACAGGAUGGAGCCAGGAGAGUCCGUCCCCAGCACGGCCCCCCCCAGGCCUGGAUCAAGGACCCAGAUAGACCCUCCAUCAUCAGCGCCACAGAGCUCAAAGAGCUUGACAACCUGGACACAGAGGCUGACGAGGGCUGGGCUGGAGCUCAGAUGGAGGUCGACUACACAGAGAAACUCAACUUCAGUGACGACGAGGAGAACCAUGCCGCCAAAGAGAAAGGGGAAACCUGGGAGUGGAUGGGUAAAUUGGAGCGGAUGAGGACGCAGCGCACGUCAGACGGCCAGGGGGGCAGCAAAGGCUCAUGGGUAGAUAGAAGGGACCCCAGGGUGCUUUCCCCUGGCAGUAUGGGGGUGUACAAGACUGGCCCACCACAGGACCAUCAGGGUCAGCUAGGUGGGCGCUCGGUGGGCAGCGGAGCCCCUCGCGUGGCCAAACCCCCCACCAUUGCUCCCCCUGCUGGUGAGGAGGAGUGCGAGGCCUGGCGCCAGAAACACAAGAAGCAGGACCUGUCGGAAGCGGUAGAAAGAGCCAGGCGGAGGAGAGAAGAGGAGGAGAGGAGGAUGGAAGAGCAGAGACUCGCCGCUUGCGCAGAGAAACUCAAACGCCUCAACGAGAAACUCCGCCCGGCAACAGAUGCCAAGCCCGGCCCUGCCGCCGAGACAACCAAUGAAGAGACUGGAGCUGUGUGUGAAGACACACCUCUUUUGUCUGUUCUUCCCCCUGUCUCCAACCCUGCACCAUCACAGCCUGCCCCUUCCUCUCAGCCCCCGAACAUAUCAGCCCCUCUCCAAGACCGAGAGAGUGUGGAGAGAGAAAGGAUUGAGAGGGAGAGAGAGCGGGUGGAGAGAGUAGAGCCUAGUGUGAAGGAAGAGAGUCAGUUUGUGCCUCGCCAGCCCAGCCCUCCAGUCCAGAGACCAUUGUCCAUACCCCCAGAGCCUCGGCUCGGAGAGGGUCCCCUGCGCUUGGUGGGCCCCCUGAGUGAGGUGAGCCCUCUGGUAGAGGAAUGCCAGACUGAGAGACUGACGCCCAUGCCUAUCAGAGACUACUUCAGCACCGAUGAGAGCAGAGUGGAGGAACCUGUGCCACUCACUCUGCCCCUUAUGGACCCCCUCAGUGGAGAGGAUGCCCCUGUGGCCCCCCUGGACCUUGAGGGAGAGGUGGGGGCUGCCAUGCGCCCCUCUCUCACCUCUGGAUACUCUAAACAGUUCCAGAAGUCUCUGCCCCCGCGCUUCCUCAGGCAGCAGGAGCAGAUGAAGCAGCAGUGGCAGCAGCAGCAACAGCAGCAGGGGGGUGGUGGUGGGGCUGUGUCCCCAUCAGGAGGAGGUGCGGGUGGAGGAUGUGUAGCUGCCUCCCAGCAGCAGCACCGCUCCCUGUACCAGCCCGUCGGCCCCCCUCACCACCAGCAUCAGCAGCACCUAGCUAACAUGGGCUUUGACCCCCGCUGGCUCAUGAUGCAGUCAUAUAUGGACCCCCGCAUUAUGUCUGGAAGACCACCGCUCGACAUGCCAAACAUGCACCCUGGACCUGGGCGGAUUCCUCCUAAGCAGAUAGUUCGUAGAGAGCCAGGAGACAGCUCCAGUUCUGACUCCUUCGACCACCUGACCAGGCCCAUACGGGACCAUAGUCUCCCUUCUGAAACGCGCAUAGUAUGGGGGUCUGACCCAUACCCCCAAACUGAACCCCUGCCCUCUGUCACACCCCCUAAAGGACGGGAGGACGAGGACAACAGAUUGGACUCUGGGUUGGAGAUGGAAAGGGGUCUCCCAGCCAUGUACCCCAGCCAGGAUCACAAUCCCCUGAAACCCUGUGGCAAAUCAGACCUUUUCAGAGACCCCACAAAGCCACUGUCAGGAUUUGGCCCAGGCCCAGAGGAGGCUCCAGAACCCCUGCAGACAGAAAUAGGGCCUGGUGGGUCUCCCUUUGAGCCAGUGGAGCCUAGCCUGCCCACUGGAGAGGUGGAGGCUCUGGGACAGGCCAUGCUACAGAGUACUAUCUCCCAGGGCUCCAGCCACUCCCUCAAACUGGAUGAGCCCAGGUUCGACAGCCUCCACCUGGGCACAAAGACACUUGAGCUCCAGGAUCCAGAAGAGAGGCCAGGCGCAGAAGAUAUAAAGGCCAGUAAAGAGCCUUUCUCCCAGGCUGCUGUGGCCGGGGACACCCCUCCAGCUGACGGCCUCCACAAGCUAGAGAAGCCGGCCCCCAGCAAGCAGAAGGCUGAGCUGCGCUGGGGAGGGAGGUCUGGGGCCGGCCGUAGGGACGGACCAGGGGGAGAGAGGCCGGUACGCAGGUCUGGACCCAUUAAGAAACCUGUACUCAGAGACAUGAAGGAAGAACGAGAGCAGCGGGAGGAGAGAGAGCGACACCGUGAGAGAGGAGAAAAGGGGGAGAGACCCAAGAAGGAGGAGCGAGGAGAAGUGAAAGCUGCCUCCGCUGCUGCUGCAGUGUCUGAGGGCGGGGAGAAGGAGUGGGACAGACCCCACGGGGAGAAGGAGAGGGACAGACCCCACGGGGAGAAGGAGAGGGACAGACCCCACGGGGAGAAGGAGAGGGACAGACCCCACGGCGAGAAGGAGAGGGACAGACCCCACGGCGAGAAGGAGAGGGACAGACCCCACGGCGAGAAGGAGAGGGACAGACCCCACGGCGAGAAGGAGAGGGACAGACCCCACGGCGAGAAGGAGAGGGACAGACCCCACGGCGAGAAGGAGAGGGACAGACCCCACGGCGAGAAGGAGAGAGACAGACCCCACGGCGAGAAGGAGAGAGACAGACCCCACGGCGAGAAGGAGAGAGACAGACCCCACGGCGAGAAGGAGAGAGACAGACCCCACGGCGAGAAGGAGAGAGACAGACCCCACGGCGAGAAGGAGAGAGACAGACCCCACGGGGAGAGGGACAGACCCCACGGGGAGAGGGACAGACCCCACGGGGAGAGGGACAGACCCCACGGGGAGAGGGACAGACCCCACGGGGAGAGGGACAGACCCCACGGGGAGAGGGACAGACCCCACGGGGAGAGGGACAGACCCCACGGGGAGAGGGACAGACCCCACGGGGAGAGGGACAGACCCCACGGGGAGAGGGAGAGGGAUGGGAAGAGUGAGGCCCCUGAGACAGAGGGGUCUGGGAAGGGCCCCCAGAAAUCCAGAUAUACACAUGCCCCGAUACCAGCCUCCCAGGACGACAAGACAGACCAACUACCGACCCAUGACAAAAACCCUGAACCUAAAUUACCCUCUAGGAAGGAGCCCAACCUGCCCCCACGGACCUACCGCCGUGAGGACAGGGAAAGAGACCGGGAGAGAGAGAUGGAAAGGGACAGAGAGCGAGACUGGCCGGCUGAUGGUUUUAGAGGCCGAGGCAGAGGGGAGUACUACUCUCGAGGACGGAGUUUCCGGGGGACUUACAUUGGUCGAAGUAGAGGUGGCCGGGGUCGUAGUCGAUGGGAGUACCCUUAUCAGGAGCCGCGCUCGCGCUCAGACUUUCCUGCCGUCAGUGGCGCUGCUGCCUUCCGCUGCCGUGAAGAGAGCGAGACGCGCAGCGAGAGCUCAGACUUCGAAGUGAUGCCCAAACGCAGACGGCGUCGUGGUUCCGAUACAGACUCAGAGAGCGAAGGAGGACGGGAGUCCGCUAGCGACACUGGGGCUUCAGACCGUGAGCCCAGUGCCAAACCACCCCGAUCGCUCCGCAGUGAAAUACCAGGAGAGCCCCGCUCUGGACCACACAAACCUGGCUUCGGACCCCAUCACCUGGGGGAGAAAGGAGGGCCCAGAGGAGGAGACGAGGGAAGGCCCAAGCCAGGCUUCCUGCCCAAAGGAGAUCCUUCACGGCGGGGGAGAGGGGGACUGUACAGCAGGCGAGGGGGAGCCAGGGAGAGAGGAGGUCCUAGGUCAGCUCCUCUCAGACGACCAGGAACUAGAGAGUCGUCCUCCCAGUGGCCCUCUAAACCCAUGGAGACCUUCCGCCCCGAGGACACAGAACCCUCGUCAUCACGCUAUGACAACUGGGACCACCACUCUGACCGACGGCCCGUUCGAGGAGACAGAGACCGACAGUUCGAGGGGAAGAAGUUUGGGGAGGGGGGACCCCAGAGUAGCAGAGACAGAGAGAGGCCCCGUCGCCCUCGGCCAGCCCGACCCCCCAGACAGGACAAACCCCCCCGCUUCCGAAGGCUGAAGGAGAGAGAGGCUGCAGUCUUAGCUGGAGGAGACACAGGACCAGGACCCACCUCCACUGCCCCCGUCCCAGCCUUAGUGCCUGGCCCUGUCUCCCUGUCCCCUACUCUCUCCAGAGUUCCAGGGGCCCCCUUCACCCUGCCUGUAGAUAAGGAACCCAAAGCCGCUGACCUAACCUCUGACCCAGCACUGCCUGACACCACCCCUCCCACCACCUCUGCCGUGGGCACCAAGUCACCUGACCUGUCCACGCAGAACUCUUCUGACCAGGCCAACGAGGAGUGGGAGACUGCGUCGGAGAGUAGCGACUUUAACGAGCGUAGAGAACGGGAGGAGAGGAGGGGAGCGCGGGAGGCUGCUAGUGGCACUGCCCAGCCCUCGACACCAGCCCCCCUACCCCCUCAGGGCUCAGCACCCCCCAGUAGGACCCCCACCGAGGGAGGGGUGACACCCAAACGCGAGGCAGCCGGGCCCGCCGGGGGCAGGAGGAGUUUCUCCAGUCAGCGUCCGGUGGAGAGGCAGAACCGCUGGGGGAACAGCGGACCCAAACCAGGCCGCGGCUACGCAGGGGGGAAGGGAGAGAGGCGAGGAGGUGGCAAGGCUGGACGUAGAGGAGCGGCCCCAGACUCAGCCCCAGGUGGGGGAGUGGUGCGUACUGGGGGUAAAGACCCUGCUGGACGCAGGAAGGACGAGACCAAACAGAAACCCAAGGAGAAGGAGAACGCUCUGUUGCAGUUUGACCUAAACAACUAUGCCAGUGUGGUGAUCAUAGAUGACCAUCCAGAGGUGACAACCUUAGAGGACCCCCAGUCUAACACUACAGAUGACGGCUUCACUGAGGUGGUCUCACGCAAACAACAGAAACGACUACAGGACGAGGAGAGGAGGAAGAAAGAGGAGCAGACUACACAGCACUAUGGGAAGAAAGGAUCAGGGGAAAAGGGGAGAGGAGGAAGCAAGCUGCCACCAAGAUUCGCCAAAAAACAGCAGCAUUAUCAUCAACAAGCAUCACAACAACAACCACAGCAAGCCUCACAGCCACAGCAGCCCUCACCUCCCCCCCAACAACCCCAGCCCCUCCUAUCUGCCUCCCAGCUCCCUCCCCCCUCCCAGCCUGCUGCCUCUCCCCAGACUCUGGAAGGCUCUGUGGCCACCCUACCCCCCGCCCCUACCCCCACCACUGUGGACUUCAUCUCCAAGACUCCCCUUCCCUCUGUGGCCCUGCUCACGCAGCCCCACAGCACUCUCGGUACGGAACUCUGGGAGAACAAGGUGACCGGAUCCACCAUACUCCCUGACGUCAAGAAACUUGGACCGAUCAGCCCUCCUCAGCCUCCUUCAGUCAGUGCCUGGAACAAACCUCUCACCUCCUUCACUGGGACUGUCACUCCUGAGGGAGUGAAGCCUGGCUCAGAAGGCAGUGUGGAUCUAGGGAUGGACAGUAUCCAGUUUGGAGCCCCGUCCUCAGCUGGCAGUACAGACAGCGAUGGUGUACCAGCCAUGCUUGAGCCUGGACCUGACAACAAACUACCUGCUCCUAAAGAACAGAGACAGAAACAGCCCCGCGCUGGACCUAUCAAAACACAGAAGCUCCCUGACAUGGAGCCAGUAGAGCCUAAGGAGUACAAGCCUGGCCCUAUUGGUAAAGAACGCUCUCUGCGUAACCGCAAGGCUAAGGACGUCCGUGUGGGGGGGGAAGAAUGUCUUGAUGGGGGGAUAGUACCAGGAGGAGGGACCAACAGAGCAGUAGAUUCCAGCCCCCCCAACACAGACGCCUCUGUUCCUGAGCUAGGGGGCGAUAUCGAGGGGAUGAUCACCAUACCCUCGGCUGAGUACGCCAGCAGCUCCAAGGAGUCAGUGACCGACUACACCACCCCCUCUUCCUCUCUGGCUGACAGCGUUCCUACUGGAGGGAGUAAGAUGGAGGAGAGCCUGGUGGCCAACGUGGCCCUGCCUCACCCUCUCCCUCGUAGAGAGGCCUUACAGCAGAGCUCCAGCCUCAGUACUGUCUCUCCUGCUUCUGUUGACCUCACACUGAAGAUGGAGUCAGCCCGUAAAGCGUGGGAGAACUCCCCCAGCCUGGUAGAAAAGAGUUCUCCUGUCACCUCUUCUCCCAUCACCUCCUGCACCUCCUCUUCCUACUCCUCCUUCUCUUCUGUCUCCAUGCCUCAGAUACCAGUAGCCUCUGUCACACCAAGCACUUCUCUGACAGGUACAGUCUUUCUUUGUGCUGGGACAUACACCACGUCCGCUCUGAGCACUAAGACCACCACGGCCUCUGACCCCCCCAACAUCUGCAAGGUGAAACCCCAGCAGCUGCAAACUGGAUCCAUGGGCGGGCCCAGCUUCUCCCAGCUGGGCUGUGUGGCCCCCCUGCUUCCCCAGCAGCAACAGACUCCACAGGUUUACGUCUCCCAGUCUGCAGCAGGCUCUGCAGCACAGAUUCCAGCGUUCUACAUGGACACCAGUCACCUGUUCAGCAACCCCCACUCCCGCCUGGCACCUCUGACACAGCACCAGCAGCAGAGCUACCAGCCUAGACUCUCACAGCAGCAGGCGGCGGUGCAGCAGAUUCCUAUCCCAAUCUAUGCUCCCCUACAGGGGCAGCACCAACACACACACACACACUCUCACCAGGCCCAGCUAAGCCUCAGCACCGGACCUCCCGUCUCCCAGCCACAGGACCUCUUCAGUUCUUCACUGCAGCCUUAUAGAUCACAGCAGGCCUUUAUGCAGAGCAGUCUGUCCCAGCCCAGUCCCAUGAUGUUAUCAGGGCCAUCUCUCCACAGCUACCCUGGUGUUGGGGGCCAUGACCUGGGCAAGCCCCAGUCCAGCCUGGCCUACCAGCAGCCCUCCAACACACACACACAACACAUCCCCAUCCUGUUUGAACCACAGCUCAACCAGCCCUCUGGCAUGGGAGGAUCCCAGCUGAUAGACACACACCUACUGCAGGUAUGGAAUAAGCGUCAGGGGAUGAGUCCACAUUCUAACCUGUACUCAGGACAGGUGCAACAACACGGACAGAGCAGUUACUAUAGUAACACACAGUCUCCUAGCUCUGCCAUGCAGCAGGUGCAAGUCCCUAUGCCAGGCUCCCAGCUCGGUCUUCCUAACUAUGGUUCCGGGGGCAGCCAGCCCCUCCUGGCUCUGCCCCCCACCCCUCCCCAGGCCCAGCCCCCCAGCCUCAGCCGCCAGCCCCCAGUCUCCCAGCCCUACAGGGGACCCUUCGGACACACACACAGCGUGAUGCAGCCCCCCUCCAGCAAGAUGUGUGAGAUGGACCUGAAGCUGUUUGGCAGUGGGAUGGACAUGAAGCCUGGGACAACUCCUCAUAGCGCUAGGAGCACUACCCCUACAUCUAGUCCUUACAGGGUCAGCUCUACAUCUCCCAGCAGCCAGUCCAGUAAGAUGAACAGCAUGCUGUACCAGAAACAGUUCCAGCCCAGCUCUGCUGCCAUGAGGAUCACACAGCACUUCCCUGGACAGUUCAACCCACAGAUUCUGUCCCAGCCCAACCUGGUCUCUCCUCUGGUGCGCCCUCCCUCCCACACCCAGCAUGCUAACUCAUUUGGCGGAGGGAUGCAGCGUUCGCCUAUGGGCCCACCCCCCAUGUCUCCCUCUCUGGGAGGGGGUUUGAUGCCUCACCCCCGGCCGCCACCGCAGCAGUUCCCCCAGAUGCACCCCUCCCACCCCCCUAGAGGGCCUCUUCCCCCCCUCGCACCUAGAGGCCCUACAGGUCCCCGAGGCAACCAGGCAGAGCAGGACCUCAAGGCGAAGCAGCGAGCUGAGGUGCUCCAGUCGACUCAUAAGUUCUUCUCAGAGCAGCUCAAGGCUCCGUCAGUCUCCAAACCCUCUCGUCUCGACCAGGGGGGUGGCAAACCCCCCCUCGACAUCCUGCCCCCCAACCACCAGACGGUGGGAGUCGUGGAGCGCCCUGAACCCGACAAACCUUCCCUGUCAGCGGGCAAACCCAUCCGCACUGGCCCCAUCAAGCCCCAGGCCAUCAAACAAGAGGAGGGGAAGUAGAGCCUCACACAUCUCCACAGAUGGAGGGAUGGGGGAGAGAGAUGAUCCAGCUGCUCCACAUAUUCAUGCAAUCACUCACACACACAUCACCCUCUCUGGUGUUAGAGGCGGAGAAAGAGAGGAGAGGUGGGGGUGUAUAAGUCAAUGGUUACUGAGGGGGCUACUGUGUGUGUGUGUGUGCUCCAACCUCAUCUCUCUCUUCCCUUCUCCUCUCUUGUCCUCCCCUAUUGGGGGUAUGUGUGUGAUUUUUAGCCCCGCCUCUUGUAAUUUGGGUGGGGUGGAAGAUAGCAAGCUGUACUUCAAAUGUCUACUAAGAUGGUAAAAAAAGAUUGAAUGGAGAAAAAAUAUUUGCCAGUUUGCCAUUUUUAUAGCCCUAGGAUUUCUGUUCCUUUGUUUUUCACAAUAGAAUCCCAUUAUUAGGAGGACAGGGCUGUUAUUUUUGUUAACAGGAGAAUCAAGCAAUCUUUUGUUUUUGUAGUUGGAUCAAACAAUCUUAUUUAAAGAAGUAUUUUAGUGAAGCACAGACAUGUUCUAUUCCUCUGCCGGUCUUCCAUCCAUCAUUGCUAACACACAGCUGUGUGAGUGUAUACAAGCUUGUACGAUCACCACACACACAAACUCCCUCUAGCGCUCAACGCUUUCACCAAUAUUCACUAAAGAGAGACACUAAGAAAUCAGGGUUUGUCUCGAAAGGAAAUGUAAGAUGCAGCAGUUGAUUGAUUUAAUUGAUUAGUCUGCCUUUUCUCUUGCUCGCAUCUCUUUGCCUGAGCGGAAUGAUAAAGGUGGUGUUUGUGUGUGUGUGUUUGCGUGUGGCACACGGGAGGCCACUGCCCGGUUCUCUCCUGUAUCUUUAGCCAAACGUUAAGCGUGCAAAGAUGAUUUCACAGAGCCUUGAGAAUCCCUGUUGUUAGUGUGUGGAAGGGGAGUUAUUAUGAGCUGUCUGUAAAUGGACAAGACAGACCCUGAAUUCAGUCUGAGAGCUUUCCUCCCCCGUGCCUCCCGAGAGAGAGAGAGAGAGAGAGAGAGAGAGAGAGAAGAGAGAGAGAGGAGGAUGGAAUACCUCUUCACCACUGCUCACACACCCAUCGUCACGGUGUCUCACACACUCACUCACUUGCCUGUAGGGCACCCAACCCUGCUGCUACUAACAGAAAGGGAGUGAGUACUAGUUCAAAACUGUAGAAACAAAACAGUGUGGCUUUUUGUUAACCCUCACCAAGAGGGAAAGGGAGACCGAAGGGGGAGAAAUAAAACAAAAUUAGAAAUGGCUUUGUGUUCGACUGCUGCAUUUCAGGGCAGAAGGACAGGUGUUAGUGUUGAGGAGAGAUUAUUCCUGUCUCAUCUCACUUCCACUCACUCAAACCUACACCACUCUCUCAUCGCUGGUUUACCAUGGUGACAAGGGUCCUUCAGAAAUGUACAGUAGUAUGCUCCACUAGUGGGGAGGGGUCUACUCCCUCCCCUAACCAGAACAUGGGAUGAGGAACCUUGUGUAGGACAGAGUGGGGGGGUAAUUGGUUUGUUUUUUCUUUUACUUGUACAGGGGGUACAUCGCUGUAUUAAAAUAUGUACGGUCUUACAUUCUUGGUUUUAGUUAAGAAACUAAUAAAAUAAUAUGCUGUUUAAAAAGUA